GCUAAUAAUAAGUAUUGGCAGAAUUGGCUGCUUACUCUUUUUGGUCAUAGUCUGUUAAGUAGAAGAAGAUAACUAGCCAUUGUGAUUUGUAAUUUGAUUUGUGUUGUGAUGUGAUAGUGCUACUUCACGAAAUAUUUACCAAUUUUAAUGCAAUGAAUACGAGCACUAGCAAUUACAAAGCAUCUCGGUCGCAAUCUGAAAUGGAAGAGGCUGUUUUACGAGCAGAGCUGGAAAACGAAUUGAAAAACAAGAAGCAGUGCACAUAUGUACCAUUCGAAUGCACUCAACUAAGUUUGGACGGUUACAAAUACUGUUCUAAGCACAUUUUACAGGACAAAAACGCCCCUUACAAGCAAUGUUCUUUUAUAUACAGCAGCAACGGUAAACGAUGCAACUUACCAGCACCCCGAAGCGACAAAAAAGACUACGGCUAUUGUAACGAGCACGCUUUGAAAGCUACUUUAGCUCGUAACAGGCAGAAUUCUAAACACCCUCUACCUCGAACUGCUGAAGUACUCCUUCACUCGCUCUCGCAUUAUAUUAAGAAACCGAAAAUUCGAAGCAGUUCUUCGAGUACACAAUAUUCCGAUGAAGGAGACAGGGCUAGUCCAGAUAUCGACCAAAAAACCACUAAAUCGUUGGAUCCCUUCGUCGAUAUAGAUGCAUCUUCUUUGUACAACGCCAAGUGUAAUCAAGUACUGGAUGUUUGUAGCGAGUCCGAAAGCGAUAUUGAAGCUUCUACGCUUUCCUCAGUGUGGCAGGACGCUCAAGCUGAUAGUUCGGAAAACGAAAGCAUCGAUUCUGAUCACGAAGAUGUUCUAAAGCAUGCUAACGUAUUCACAGCAGAAGAAAUCACCCUAUUAACGAGAGACAAGUUAAUAAGAUUGCAGUCGUUGUACAUCGAACAGUAUCGACACCUACAGUAUUUGCUCACUAAAAAGCGAAGGAAGUAUUUGUAUUCACUUAAAAGAGAAAAAGAAACUUGCUGUAACAUUUACAACCAAGUGCGAGAUAACCCGAAAGAACAGAGAUUGUACAAGAAGUUGAAGGCUCUUAACAACUAUCAGAAAUGUCACGGGGUCGAAGCCAUUCUCAGUAAACGAUUGAAGGACCUCAGAGCGAAACUUAGCGAAGGUUCGAGCAGUAAAAGCCAAAAUUACUCCAAGUGCAUUUUCACAGAAGGAGGAGUAAAAUGCGGAGAAAGGUCCCUACCGUUAGCGAAACAUUGCCAGAAGCAUAUACUCGAGGAUACAAAUCAAGUGCUUUUUAAAGCCUGCGGUAAAAUGAUGGGUGACAUCGAAUGCUCGACUCCUAUAGUAGCUAUUUUCGAAGGAGCCUUGUGCCCUUUGCACAUGGAAAUACCCCCAUUGAGAUCUUACAGCCAAAUUAGAAAGGACUCUGAAUCAGACGCGGAUGAUUCGCUGGAGACGCACAUGAGUUACAACGCUCCACCGCCCACGCACAUCGCUGAACCGAUCAAGACGGAGUUUAUGAAUUACGAAAUUCCACCGGACAUACCCAAGAUGGAGUCGUUGCCGACCAUGCUGUUCGAGGAGGACCCCAAGCACCUGGAGUGUUCCUCGAACAAGAACCCCUUCAUGUUCGGCGGGAGUUUGUCCGAGGAGAAUUUGCAAUUGGAGGCCAAAAAGGCCGAGGAGUGCGCUGAAAAUAUGAUGCAAUUGUCGAGGUUCAUCAGCAAUCAAACGCAACCGGUGGUGAUCAAAAGUGAAGAUGACGGUGGUGAAGGGACUACCGAUGGUACUGCGGAUGGUAAGCAGGAACAGAUGGACACAGAAGAUAUAAAUGUUGAUGGUAAAGAUCUUGAAAAUGAAGAUUCUAUUAUUGAAACACCAAAGAUGACUGAGGAAAAAGAAGAUAGUUUUGAUGAUUCGUUCCGCUUAAAAUUGUCACCCGAAAAGAAAAAUCCUGAAGCUUCACAAAGUGAUCAACCUAGUGAUAAUGAUAGUUUAAAAUUGAAAGAAAACUUAUAAAUUGUUCCGUUUAUGUUUAAUAAAACGUUUUGUCUUAAACUUUUUUUAUUUUUCCUUAACCAUCAAAUUUAUAAUCAAACACUAAUCACUAUACUAUCAUAUGAAAAUCUAAAAGGAACACUUUUAUUCAUCUUUUUCUUUCUUAAUUUCCACGUUAACACCGGCAGUCUCAUCUUUCUUUACGUGCCCGUAUUCCUUGUCUUUUUCCCACCUAGAUUUGCUAUCGUCCGGCUUUUUAUCUCGUUCUUUAUCGUCCCUCUCCUUCUUUAAUUCCUCCUUAUACGAUGUGCUCUUUAACACGGGCUCGAUCUUCUCCUUUAUGUCCACUAGAGUUUGCUGGAACAACUUCGAAUGAGC